UGGCGGCCACGGCGGUCAACGCGUCGCAGCCUCCUGCCAUGCCGCCGCCUCCUCCGCCGCCGCCGGUCUCUUCCGCGGCCGCCCUGGUAACCGCGGCUCCCCAGGUCGUCCCUCCGACAGCGCCGGCGGCGGCUCCUGCUCCCGCUCAGGCCGCGCCGGCGGCGGCGGCUCCUGCUCCUCCUCCUCCUCCGCCGGCUGCGCUGGCGGCGCCUUUCCCCGGCGGCCGCGCGGUCCGGCUGCACCCCGUGGUGCUCGCCUCCAUCGUGGACAGCUUUGAGAGGCGCAACGAGGGCGCGGCCAGGGUCAUCGGCACGCUGCUGGGUACCAUUGACAAACAUUCAGUGGAAGUCACCAAUUGCUUCUCCGUCCCUCACAAUGAGUCAGAAGAUGAGGUGGCGGUUGACAUGGAAUUUGCCAAGAACAUGUAUGAACUGCACAAGAAAGUUUCUCCCAGUGAGAUUAUUCUUGGAUGGUAUGCAACAGGCCACGACAUCACUGAACACUCUGUCUUAAUUCAUGAAUAUUACAGUCGGGAAGCACACAAUCCAAUUCAUCUCACUGUAGACACCAGCCUACAAAAUGGACGCAUGAGCAUUAAGGCAUAUGUCAGUACUGCAAUGGGAGUCCCUGGGAAGACGAUGGGAGUAAUGUUCACGCCCCUCACAGUGAAGUACGCCUACUAUGACACAGAGCGGAUAGGGGUUGAUCUCAUCAUGAAGACUUGCUUCAGCCCAAAUCGAGUGAUUAGCUUGUCCAGUGACCUUCAGCAAGUGGGGACAGCGUCUGCUCGGAUUCAGGAUACCCUGAGCACAGUGCUGCAGUAUGCAGAAGAUGUGCUGUCUGGUAAAGUGGCUGCUGACAACACCGUUGGCCGCUUCCUGAUGGACCUUAUAAAUCAAGUUCCCAAGAUUUCCCCAGAGGACUUUGAGACGAUGCUGAACAGCAAUAUCAAUGACUUGCUGAUGGUGACUUACUUGGCAAACCUCACCCAGUCACAGAUUGCACUCAAUGAAAAAAUUCUAAACCUCUGAUGAACUCCUCUACGUGUAUUCUAAUGGGGAGCAUGAAGAAGACUGGAGUUGGAAUCAAAGUUUUCUAGUUAGACUGUAAUUUUUUGAAUGACUUCCUCAUCACUCCUCUCUCCCUUCAGGGAGAAAACAACUUGGAACUAAAAUGGGCUCAGAAGAUGAAGACCAUGAAUAAAAAUAAACUAGCAACUCCCAA